AUGGCACAAUCAACCUUUCCAACCCAACAAUACACCUCAGACCUCUUCGUCGAGAGCUGCGGCGCCAUCCUCUACGACACUACUCGCCAGAAGGUCUGCCUAAUCCAUCUCGCCCAAUCCAACAUGUGGACACUACCCAAAGGCCGUCGAAACGUCGGAGAAUCGCGUCGAGAAAGUGCACUGCGCGAAGUGUACGAGGAAACUGGAUAUAAGUGUCAUAUCUUGCCAGUGGACAUGAAAACCAGAGCCACUAUCGCUGGCGACACGGCCGACGCUCCAGAUGUAGCGCGCAUCUCGCGCGAUUCGGUAGAACCUUUCAUGGUCACUAUGAGGACUUUGAAGGAUGGUCAAGGUGUCAAGAUUAUAUGGUGGUACGUCGCGAUGAUGGACCAAGGUGCUUGCGAAACGAAAGGGCCUGCAGAAGAGGGUGUUGAGACGGGCUCGUACUCCUAUGAAGAGGCUGAGAGGUUAUUGUAUUUUGAGACAGAUCGAGAGGUGUUACGCAAGGCUCAGGCAUUGGUUGCGAAGUUGGGUUGA